CUCUACCUGAGAAGGCGAGACAGCUUCUUCAUCAGGAUCACUGCUGCCAACACAAACAAAGACAUGGUGUCAGCCAAAGUUGUGGUGAUGGUGAUCGCACUUCUUACUAUUUGUCUGACUGCAAACACAUCAGCAGCUUAUCAUCUCUGCUGUCGAAGGUAUAUGACAGGCAGAUUACCAGGUUCAGCUAUCAUGGGGUACUCAGUCCAGACUGAUACAGAGUUGUGUCCCAUCAGUGCCAUCAUUUUCCACACAAAGGAGGGGAAAGCAUGUGCCAAUCCAGCUUUGAAGUGGGUGAUGAAUGCUGUUGAUCGUAUAAGGAAUAAAGCCCAGAAGGUCCAUCAGCACAGCUCACAGCAGCAGAAAUAGAUGAUCAUCUGAGCUUUUUAAGGAGACUGUGGAUGGCAGCUACAGCAACCAAAUUCUUUUCUAUGUGAGCUUUGCAACCAGCAACCAGCAAUGCUUUAAUGUUUUAUAGUGCAGCGAACUCCAGCUUGA